AUGGGGACGCUGCACAUGCCCGUGACCCCCAUCAAAGAGGCUGCAGGCCUGCUAGAGGGGACAGCUGCCCUAGGGGCAGCCAGGCUGUUGGAGGACAGCUGGCUGGUGGCUGAUGCCUCAUGUGCUCAGAAAGCUGGGGGCCAGGAGCAGACCCAGGCCCACCUGUCCAUGGUCCUGUCGGGGAACCCACUACACUGUUCUUGUGCCCUCCACUGGCUGCUGCGCUGGGAGGAGGAAGGGCUGGGUGGAGUGCGUGGACAGAGGCUGCAGUGUCCCGGACAGGGGCCCCUGGCCCUCUUGUCCAAUGCCAGCUGCGGCGUCCCGGUGCUGAAGGUCCAGAUGCCCAAUGCGUCGGUGGAGGUGGGGGAUGAUGUGUUGCUGCAGUGCCAGGUGGAGGGGCGGGGCCUGGAGCGGGCCGGCUGGAUCCUCCCAGAGGUCGAGGAGUUGGCCACAGUGACGCAAUCUGGGGACCUGCCAUCCCUGGGGCUGACCCUGGCCAAUGUCACCAGUGACCUCAAUAGGAAGAAUGUGACGUGCUGGGCAGAGAAUGAUGUGGGCCGGGCCGAAGUCUCUGUGCAGGUCAACGUCUCCUUCCCGGCCAGCGUGCAGCUGCAUGAGGCGGUGGAGCUGCAUCACUGGUGCAUCCCCUUCUCGGUGGAUGGGCAGCCGGCGCCCUCUCUGCGCUGGCUCUUCAACGGCUCUGUGCUCAACGAGACCAGCUUCAUCUUCACUGAGUUCCUGGAGCCGGUGGCCAACGAGACGGUGCGGCACGGCUGCCUGCGGCUCAACCAGCCCACCCAUGUCAACAACGGCAACUACACGCUGUUGGCCGCCAACCCCUCUGGCCGGGCUGCCGCCUUUGUCAUGGCUGCCUUCAUGGACAACCCUUUCGAGUUCAACCCCGAGGACCCCAUCCCCGUCUCCUUCUCGCCAGUGGACACUAACAGCACGUCUGGAGACCCAGUGGAGAAGAAGGACGAAACCCCUUUUGGGGAGAAGCUCCAGGUCUGCCCCCCACCCCCCAACCCCUGCCAGGUCUCCGUGGCUGUGGGCCUGGCUGUCUUUGCCUGCCUCUUCCUUUCUACACUCUUCCUUGCACUCAAUAAGUGUGGACGGAGGAACAAAUUUGGGGGCAACCGCGCAGUGGUGCUGGCUCCAGAGGACGGACUGGCCAUGUCUCUGCAUUUCAUGACAUUAGGUGGCAGCUCCUUGUCCCCCACUGAGGGCAAAGGCUCUGGGCUCCAAGGUCACAUCAUUGAGAACCCACAAUACUUCAGUGAUGCCUGUGUUCAUCACAUCAAGCGCCAGGACAUUGUGCUCAAAUGGGAGCUGGGUGAAGGUGCCUUUGGGAAGGUCUUCCUUGCUGAGUGCCACAACCUGCUGCCCGAGCAGGACAAGAUGUUAGUGGCUGUCAAGGCGCUGAAGGAGGUGUCCGAGAGCGCCAGGCAGGACUUCCAGCGGGAGGCCCAGCUGCUCACCAUGCUGCAGCACCAGCACAUCGUGCGCUUCUUUGGGGUCUGCACCGAGGGCCGCCCACUGCUCAUGGUCUUUGAGUACAUGCGACACGGUGACCUCAACCGCUUCCUUCGGUCCCAUGGGCCCGACGCCAAGUUGCUGGCUGGCGGGGAGGACGUGGCUCCGGGCCCCUUGGGCCUGGGGCAGCUGCUGGCCGUUGCUAGCCAGGUCGCUGCGGGGAUGGUGUACCUGGCAGGUCUGCACUUCGUGCAUCGGGACCUGGCCACGCGCAACUGUCUGGUGGGCCAGGGACUGGUGGUCAAGAUCGGGGACUUCGGCAUGAGCAGGGACAUCUACAGCACGGACUAUUACCGCGUGGGGGGCCGCACGAUGCUGCCCAUCCGCUGGAUGCCGCCCGAGAGCAUCCUCUACCGCAAGUUCACCACGGAGAGUGACGUGUGGAGCUUCGGGGUGGUGCUCUGGGAGAUCUUCACCUACGGCAAGCAGCCCUGGUACCAGCUGUCCAACACCGAGGCGAUUGAGUGCAUCACGCAGGGCCGAGAGCUGGAGCGGCCCCGGGCCUGCCCACCGGAGGUCUACGCCAUUAUGCGGGGCUGCUGGCAGCGGGAGCCCCAACAACGCCACAGCAUCAAGGAUGUGCACGCCCGGCUGCAAGCCCUGGCCCAGGCACCUCCAGUCUACUUGGAUGUCCUGGGCUAGGGGGCCAGCCCUGGGGGCUGUGCCGCCCAAACACUGGGGCCUGCCCUGCAUAACCCCGGGAACUCCCAGCAGCCCCAGGGUGAUCUCAAAGCAUCUAACUCACCCUCAGCAUGCCGGAGGG